ACCGGCUGCGCGCCAAGUCAGUUUUCUAGGCUUCCGGUCAGCAAUCAUGGCGAGCCGACUCAGGAGCGUGGCAGUCAGCCUGCCUGCGACCAGGCGAGCAUUGAGCUCUGCAGUCACUGCGACGCCGCGCAUCUCCCACAAAGCCCUCACGCCUGAGCACAAAGCGCUCGAGCCCAGAUCUCGCUAUGCCGGCGCACUCACCUCGAGGAAGCUCAGCUCGCAAGCUGCUUCUCGCAUAGACACCGACAGAGAAACGAUUGUUCGACUCUUGUACUCCAUCGCCUCGCGCAAAGAGGUCGAGCGCUACUUGCGCAUCUUCUCGACGGCCAACAAAUUCGCCGUACUCAAGAUUGGUGGAGCUAUCCUCACUCAGGAGCUGGACGAUCUCGCUCUCUCGCUCAGCUUCCUCAACCGGGUCGGCCUGUACCCUGUCGUCCUCCAUGGCAUGGGCCCACAGCUCAACCAGCUCCUCGAAAACGCUGGCGUAGUGCCAGAUUACAUUGAUGGCAUUCGCAUUACGGACGCAAAGACACUCGAGGUUGCCCGCAAGGUGUUCCUCGAGGAGAACUUGAAGCUCGUCGAAGCGCUCGAAAAGCUCGGCACUCGCGCUCGUCCAAUCCCCAACGGCGUCUUUACCGCCGACUACCUAGACAAGGACAAGUAUGGCUUUGUCGGAAAGAUCACAAAAGUCAACAAAGAGCCUAUUGAGUCUGCCAUCCGAGCCGGCGCAUUACCCAUCUUGACUUCACUCGCCGAGACGCCAUCGGGUCAGAUCCUCAAUGUCAAUGCCGAUGUCGCUGCUGGCGAACUCGCUAAAGUCCUCGAGCCGCUGAAAAUCGUCUUCCUGAACGAAAAAGGCGGUCUCUUCCACGGCGUCACCGGAGAGAAGCUCAGCGUAAUCAAUCUUGACGAGGAAUACGAUGCGCUUAUGAAAGAGUCCUGGGUCAAAUAUGGCACCAAGCUUAAGCUGCGCGAGAUCAAGGAGUUGCUAGAGCAUCUUCCCCGCUCUUCUUCGGUUGCCAUCAUCUCGGCCGACAACCUACAGAAGGAGCUUUUCACAGACUCGGGCGCUGGUACACUCAUUCGAAGAGGUUACAAGCUCUACAAGCGCGAUUCUAUCGAGGCUGUCGGCACAGACAGACUACGACAAGUCUUUGCAGAACGUGAUCCCGAGAUCACAAGCGGAGACAAGUCAGUAGCGGAAGUCUUCAGUGACCUUAAGAAGACAGACUACUCCAUCUACGGCGAUGAGCCAUUCGAUGUCGUAGCAGUGGUUUCUCAUCCACCUGGAGAAGCUCCCGUCAUGACGAAGCUCCUCACGAGCAGGAAUGGCGUGCUGAACGCAGUGCUCGACAAUGUCUGGUCAAGUAUCAAGAAGGACUACAAGAAGCUCUUCUGGGCUGUCAAGGCAGCAGACGAGAACCGGGCUUGGCACUUUGAGCAUUCUGAUGGCUCCUUCUCGCGCAAUGGCAAGAGCCUCUUCUACUAUGGCGUACAAGAUAUCUCAGAAGUUGAGGCUGCCGUUCGUGACCUGGAAGCGAAGGGCCGCAUUCCGCGAUCGUACUUGCCAAUAUCUUACCAGUCGAGCUCAGCACCUCAGCCGCCAUCAUCCGGCGCAGCCAGUCGUCGAUACUCUACCCGAGCGGGCGGUCGCCCGACAGUCAGCAGCUCGCCUGUCAGUCAGCGUCGAGGCUACGCCACCGCUGCUGAGCCAAAGCGUAUCGCUCUCAUUGGUGCUCGUGGCUACACUGGCUCGAAUCUCGUAUCCUUGAUCAACGGCCACCCCAAUAUGGAGCUAGCUCACGUGUCAUCUCGCGAGAUGGUAGGCCAGAAGCUCGAAGGUUACACAAAGUCAGAAGUUCGCUACGAGAAUCUGGACCCAAAAACCAUUCAACAAUUAGAGGAAAGCGGCGCGGUUGAUGCUUGGAUUAUGGCUUUGCCCAACGGCAUUUGUGCGCCCUUUGUGGCGGCCGUCGAUGCGGGUAAGGGCAAGAGUGUGGUCAUCGACCUUGGAGCAGACUACCGUUUCAACGAGGAAUGGACUUAUGGUUUGCCGGAGCUGUAUUCUCGUGAAGCUGUACGCAACUCGAAGAGAAUCGCCAACCCGGGCUGUUAUGCGACGAACAGCCAAUUGCUUCUCGCUCCUAUCUUGCCUUAUCUCGCUGGCCAGCCCACUGUCUUUGGUAUCUCGGGAUUCAGCGGCGCAGGCACAAAGUCGGGUACGACGCCCAAAGUCUCAGCAGAGGAUCUCGGAGGCGGUGUACGUCCUUACGCUUUGACAGAUCACAUUCACGAGCGCGAAGCCGGCUACCAGCUCUCCAAGCUCUCGAGUGCUGAUCCUGUCACUGUCGCCUUUGUCCCUUCUGUUGCGCCUUGGUUUCAAGGCAUCAUCUCGACUGUUUCUGCGCCACUGAAGCAAGAGAUGACCGCUCGUGAUCUUAAGAGCCUCUACGAAGAGAAAUACGGCAACGAGAAGCUCUUGACGAUUCAAGCGGCCGUGCCUGAGAUCAAAGAUAUCAGCGGCAAACACGGUUGGAAAGCGGGCGGCUUUCAAGUACAUUCGGGUGGCAAGCGCAUCGUUGCAGUAGGUGUGCUCGACAACCUGCUCAAAGGUGCUGCUACUCAGUGUCUUCAGAAUCUCAACCUCGCGUUAGGGCUCGACGAGCACGCUGGCAUACCCCUCGAUUGAGCAGAUCUUGCUACAUUGUACAAAACUGACGUCCAUGCAUUCUAAAGUUCUUACAUCGCCGGCAUCCUG